AAAUGACGUCAUCGUUCUUCCGGUCUUCUCGACGCCUCUCUAAAGCAAGAUGACUAAGAAAAGGAGGAAUAACGGUCGUGCCAAAAAGGGACGUGGGCAUGUUCAGCCCAUCCGCUGCACAAACUGCGCCCGCUGUGUGCCCAAAGACAAAGCCAUCAAGAAAUUUGUCAUCAGAAAUAUUGUGGAGGCUGCGGCUGUUAGGGACAUCUCUGAAGCCAGUGUAUUUGACUCCUAUGUUUUGCCCAAGCUGUAUGUGAAGCUGCAUUACUGUGUCAGCUGUGCCAUCCACAGCAAAGUCGUGAGGAACCGAUCUGCUGAGGCCAGGAAGGACCGUACUCCUCCUCCACGCUUCAGACCCACUGGUGCUGCCCCAAGAGCUCCUCCGAAACCCAUGUGAUCUGGAGUUGUUUCCAAACAUUUGUAUGUUAAGAAAUAAAACUAACAAAAAAUAAAA